AUGCUACAACUAGAACCCCCUGCCUCUGUGUCCGUCACCAACGGCACAGAUCAGAGUCCAGGCUAUUUACCGCCGGAUGAAUCUCAGAUGCGCCCUGAAUGGCUGCUGGACCAAGCUAAGAACACGGCAAAACAACAGCUUUCCAGCAUAUUGGUUCCAGAACAUCAAUAUCUUACGAACGGAAAGCAGCCUAAACGAUCGCUAUUACAAGGUCUUUAUUCGAGCAAUGUGGUGGCCAAGAUCUGGGGAGUAGCAGCGCCUGCUCUGUUCAAGUCAGAGCCGCCUACACUAUAUCCCGAGUACACCAAGCCGGGUGGAACACGAUAUGUAUUUCGGGAGCUCGAUUUCUGGACGUCGGGAUUUUUUCCUGGCAGUCUAUACUUGCUCCUCGAGAGAGAGCGACGCUUCAAGCGAGAGCUUGCCAUGAUACAAGAGCCAUCAGUGUCUUCUUCAAUACUCCAUCCUAUGCAUCUCGAAUUCGCUUGCAAGUGGUGGACGACCAACCUCCAUCAGAACUCGACGCUGGCCUCCACGCAUGACCUCGGCUUCAUGAUCUUCCCUUGGGCAAAGCUCGCUUGGACACUCGAUCACGACAUACUUGCGCGAGAUACUAUAAUACGAGCAUCACGGGUGUUGGCAUCGCGAUACGUGCCAGCUACUGGGGCGAUACGAUCCUGGGAUACUUGCACGACGUUGCGGUAUUCGUUCACAGAUCCGACAAAAGACUUUCUUUUCAUCAUCGAUAACAUGAUGAACCUGGACAUGCUCUUCUGGACGGCCUCGGAGACUGGAGACCAAGACAUGUACCAAAUCGCCGUGAACCAUGCAAAGAAAACGCAAGCAUGUCACAUCAGGACCGACUACUCCACGACACAUCUCGUGGUUCUCGAUCCGAAUACUGGUAGCGUCAAAUCUCGACUGACAAACCAAGGAUACUCCGACACAUCGUCAUGGACGCGCGGCCAGGCGUGGGCCAUUGCAGGCUUUGCGCAAACAUACAACUGGACGCGAGAUGCAUCUUUUCUCGAAACUUCUCGAGCGUGUGCAGACUACUUUCUCAGUAAGCUGCCUGCCAACGGCGUGCCGCCCUGGGACUUUUGCGCUCCAACGGAUUCUGAGCAACCGCCUGACACCAGUGCGGCGGUAAUUGCUGCUUAUGGUAUGCUUCUCAUCCAUGAGGCACUUCACAUGACUCCACAAAGUUGCUUCGUAGCGACAACAUCUACUUUGGAUACUGUAGAGCAAAAUAUGCAGAACGUACAGACGGAGUUUACGGUAAUCCAGGAUGAUGCCAUCCCACAGACCAUCCUCGGAGGCGCCACGAUCAAUAACUACGAGUUUGCUCCAAGGCGCUGGGCUAACCAUGGUCUUGUGUACGCCGAUUAUUAUUUCUUGCUGCUCGGGAACAAACUCUUGGAGAUGCAGGCAACAAUGUCUCUAUCAGAUAUACAGAUUUAG